AACCAUAUAACUGUGUCUGCAAACAGUCUGCCCUCAGUUUGUCAGCAGAACAGCUUUCUGUUUUGAUAACUUAGAUGUGUGCCUUCAUUGCUGAAAAAAGACAUGCUGAUGAACUAGUUCAGUUUUAAGAUGUUUUACUUAGAAGACGAUAGUGAAGAUGAGGAGGAGAAGGUUCCUGAAGGCUCCUUAAGUAAACCUGAAGGUGUUUACCCUGGAAAGGCCCCGGCUGGUCUCCUGUCUCAGACCAUGAAUUACGUGGGACAGCUGGCGGGGCAGGUGAUCGUCACCGUGAAGGAGCUCUACAAGGGCAUCAACCAGGCCACGCUGUCCGGCUGCAUCGACGUGGUCGUGGUGCGGCAGCAGGACGGCUCCUUCCAGUGCUCACCGUUCCACGUGCGCUUCGGGAAGCUGGGCGUCCUGAGGUCCAAGGAGAAGGUGAUCGACAUAGAGAUCAAUGGCGACGUGGUGGACCUGCACAUGAAGCUGGGCGACAAUGGGGAGGCCUUCUUCGUGGAGGAGACCGAGGAGGAGUAUGAGAAGCUUCCUGCUUACCUCGCCACCUCGCCGAUUCCCACCGAGGAUCAGUUCUUCACGGAUAUUGACUCCCCUUUGGUGAAACCAGGUGUACAGAGGGCAGACAUCUCACACAUCCUGGAAACAGAGGCCGUUUUCACCUCGAGUUCUGUGAAAAAGAAAAAACGGAGGAGGAAGAAAUGCAAACAGGACAGCAAGAAGGAAGACCAGGCCGUGUCCCCCGCUGCAGAGGACACCGUGGGUGUGGACCUGAGCUCUGACGACGACAAGGGGGCCCAGUCGGCAAGAGGAUCUUCCAAUGUUUCAUUAAAGGAGGAGGAAUAUAAGGAGCCUCUGCUAUUCCAUGCAGGGGACCACUACCCCCUAUCUGAUGGAGACUGGUCCCCGUUAGACAGCCCCUACUCCCCGCCGGCGUGCCCUAAGAGCGACUCGGAGCUGGAGGUGAAACCCGCGGAGAGCCUGCUCAGAUCCGAGUCCCACAUGGAGUGGACGUGGGGCGGGUUCCCGGAGUCCACCAAGGUCAGCAAGAGAGAGCGAGCUGACCAUCAGCCUAGGACAGCAACGAUCACUCCGUCAGAAAACACCCAUUUUCGGGUCAUCCCCAGCGAGGACCACUUGCGAAGUGAAGUUGAGAAGGAUGCGUCCGUGGGGGAGGCGCUCUGUACCGUCGUGAAGCCCAAACCCAGAGCCCCGGGGAAGCAGGUGAGCGGAGCGGCCUCCUCGGAAGAGCCCCUGGAGCUGCCCCAGGGCCCAGCUCCGCCGGAGGCCGACCACCCUCCUGCCCCAGCCUUCACGGAGGCACCCUCAGAAUCCAAGCCAGUUGCCAAAGUCGACUCGCCAUCCAGGAAGAGAGCUGUCCACAAGAGAAGCCAGCACCAAGGACCUGAAGACAUUUACCUGGAUGACCUGAAGGCCCUGGAACCUGAGGUUGCCGCUCUCUAUUUCCCCAAAAGUGACUCGGACCCCGGCUCCAGGCAGUGGCCCGAGUUGGACACGCUGUCCGGCUCCCAGUCUCCGCAGUCAGUGGGCAGCGCGGCUGCUGAUAGUGGCACCGAGUGCCUCUCGGAUUCUGCCAUGGACCUGCCCGACGUCACCCUCUCCCUCUGUGGGGGCCUCAGUGAGAACGGAGAAAUCUCUAAAGAGAAGUUCAUGGAGCAUAUCAUUACUUAUCAUGAGUUUGCAGAAAACCCUGGACUUAUAGACAAUCCCAACCUUGUAAUACGGAUAUAUAACCGUUACUACAGCUGGGCAUUGGCUGCUCCCAUGAUCCUCAGCCUGCAGGUCUUCCAGAAGAAUCUGCCUAAGGCCACGGUGGAGUCCUGGGUCAAAGAUAAGAUGCCUAAGAAAUCCGGUCGCUGGUGGUUUUGGCGUAAGAGAGAGAGCAUAACCAAACAGCUGCCAGAGGCCAAGGAGGGGAAGUCGGAGGUGCCGCCGCCCAGUGACCUGCCGCCGAGUGCACAGGAGCCGGCCAGCGGCAGGCCAGCCGAGGAUGACUCGUCAAGUGACGAGGGGUCACAGGAGCUUGAGGAGUCCAUCAAAGCAGACCCCCUCCCUGCAGAGCCCCCAAGCCACGGCAGCACCACGUCCUAUAAGAAGUCUCUCCGCCUCUCGUCGGACCAGAUCGCAAAACUGAAGCUCCAAGAUGGCCCCAACGACGUCGUGUUCAGUAUUACGACCCAGUAUCAGGGUACCUGCCGCUGUGCAGGCACCAUUUACCUGUGGGACUGGAACGACAAGAUCGUCAUUUCCGACAUCGACGGCACAAUAACCAAGUCUGAUGCUUUGGGACAGAUCCUUCCACAGCUGGGGAAGGACUGGACUCAUCAGGGGAUUGCGAAGCUCUACCAUUCCAUCAAUGAGAACGGCUACAAGUUCCUGUACUGCUCCGCCCGCGCCAUUGGCAUGGCCGACAUGACCCGCGGCUACCUGCACUGGGUCAACGACAAGGGCACCAUCCUGCCCCGGGGCCCCCUGAUGCUGUCACCCAGCAGCCUGUUCUCCGCCUUCCACAGAGAAGUAAUAGAAAAGAAACCAGAGAAGUUCAAAAUUGAAUGUCUGAAUGAUAUCAAGAAUCUGUUUGCCCCGUCCAAGCAGCCCUUCUAUGCUGCCUUUGGAAACCGUCCAAAUGAUGUCUAUGCUUACAUGCAAGUUGGAGUUCCAGACUGCAGGAUAUUCACCGUGAACCCCAAGGGCGAACUGAUACAGGAAAGGACCAAAGGAAACAAAUCAUCGUACCACAGACUGAGCGAGCUGGUGGAGCACGUGUUCCCACUUCUCAGUAAGGAACAGAAUUCCGCCUUUGCAUGCCCGGAGUUCAGCUCCUUCUGCUACUGGCGGGACCCGAUCCCCGAGGUGGACCUGGACGACCUGGCCUGAGGCAGCACCCCAGCGGGAGGCUCUCCGUUGCUCACUUCGCAGCAGGCGGAGGGGACCGGCCUUUCUGCUGGACAGAGGACUCGGGGCUCCCUCCCAGCCACAGGUGUGGGACAAGACGCGUUGACAGUCGGGCACUGGCGGGGACCUGGGAGCUCCUGGAGCUGGAGCUGCCCUCCUCCUCACCCUCCCAGGUUGGGCAGGGCCACUGUUGGGUGCCCGGGCCGGAGCAGGGAGGGGCACUCAGACCUGAGGCUGGAGGCCUGGCUCCUGUCGCUGGCUGGUCCUCUCCCACACGGAGUCGAGUGGUGGACUGGGUGCUCUUUUCACUGCAGAAUUUACCAGGAAGGAAGCAGCAGCUAAGACUGGACCAAAACUUGCACAGAGUAAAGUGUUACGUUCCCCCUGGGCGGCUGAGAGUGUUUCUCUCUGAACUGAGGGCCUUCUUCAGGGCAUCAGGGUCCACUUAGUGAGGCUGGUCCGAACCGACUGCACAUUUCUUUUGUGGGCUGCUCCCUCCCUGCUCCGCAGAAACAGAGCGACCGUCAUGGGCUUCUGGGGAAGACAAGGCCCUUAGAUCACUGCCUUCUCCCCAGCGACCACUCCAGGUGGGAGGCCCUGGAGUGUCGUGUCGUGUCUUGGAGCAGCUGGAAGGAGCGGGUCUCGCAGGGUGUGUCCGUAAGGGCAGCCCCGGCAGCCCAGCAGGAGCAGGUGGUCAAACAACGAGGAACAGCUCUGUUUGCAAGGUAGCCUUGGAAGUGCAGGGGUGCACCUGUUACGGGUCCUGGGAAGGGUCCUUUUCUCCGUCCCUUUUGUCAGCAGCUCAGUGUCCCAGUCUGGUUGUAAUGAGUGUGUCAGCCCAGCAGACGGCCCCAGGGAAGGGCUCUGUCCUGAGUCCCUCCAGAGCUGUAAGCACAGGCUUAGAGGUGAGGCUGGUUAAAAUGUUAAAAUCAGGAGCAACAUUAGAGAGGAGGCUCUUGGAGGACUGAAAAUGACCCCCUACAGCCCUGCGCCGGGCAAGACUCGAGCACAGGGUGCGUGGCCACACCGCGGCGCAGACCCAGGACCCAGGCCCCCGGCCCCCGUCCCCUCACUUGCCCUGUGCUUGUGUUGGGGGGGCACUCCGCACUGCAGCUGGCGCCACCAAAAUAAAUAACACUGAUCUAGAGGUGGAGAAAUGGGGGUGGUCAUCUUUCCAGAUUGGAGAGUUGAACGUGUCCGACUCAGUUCAGCCGUUUUCCCUUGUGCUGUUGGACACGGACAGUGGCAAAGUCUCCCGAACACAGUUUGCAGUGGUUGAGCCUGGAAACGCCUGUUCCCAGAGGAGGAACCAUACAUGCUUUCUCCGGUGCAAAUCUUCCCACGGUGCGUAGUUCAGGGACUCAUCCUUUUGAAAGUUUGUGUCCAGUAGGUCAGGGAGACCAGGUUAUGUUUCUGUGAUGCUCUGCCCAGUUAGUGAAAUGAAUUCCUAGCAUGGCGGCCCUGCGGUUACUUCACCUCCUGGACACCGUCGGCCUGCCUUCACCCCAUCCGUUUUACGCACUUACCCUGAGCUUCAUGGGGCUUCCUGGCCUGUGAGCAGGAUGGAGAGUGCGCGCACGCACCUUCCAUAGUCCUUGGUUGGUUGGUUGUCCUUUGAAGAGUCCCCAUGAGACGGUCUCUUUCCUGCUAAGGUGGUCCCUCUGGACGCGGGGGCAUCUUCUGGAGGGUGGGGCCUGGGAACCCAGGUCUCCUGGCCCUGCGCAGGGGAGCCGAGCCUGCAGCCUGCUGACCAUCAGCUCUGGACUUGGUCACUUUGUUGCUGCAGGUGGAUCUAGCCGGUACAUAUGCUAAUUAACAGUCUUUUUCUUUCUUUCUUAUUUAAAGGAGUCCCUCUUGCGGAAAGUAGGUGAUCACUAUGACAAUAGUGUUGUGAAAGUAGUAAGUUUGUGCUGAAAACCCAUUGCCAUUUGGUACAAAUGACAUUUGUUCUUUCUGUGAAAGAGAGAUGCCCUCAGUGUGUGCACACAGACCCCGUCGCGGGGUGAGCGAAGGAGGGGGGCCCCCGCGCUCGCCCUGGGCCGCAUCCCGGGGGGGCCGGGUGGACGUGGCUUGUCGGUGUCACUCUCCCCGUUGCUCUGCUGCUGAAAUGGCCGUGGCCCCCUUCCCUCUUUCCAGCCCAACCAGACUUUAAUACCUGCCCUGGUGUCCUCGUGCUGAGGCUGGCACGGCAGCGGUGUCACACCCACAUCUCUGUGGGCUUAGGAGUACACGUGGGGCCUGGAGCACGCGGGCUCCGCCCCAAGUGGGAAGACCGGUUCGCAGUGCUUUCAAACAUCUACAUAGUUUUCAGUUGGAAAAAGGAAAAACUCACUAGUGUGACGUCCUGGAAGGAAAGCUGCUGACAAUCUGGGAGUGGCGGCCAGCUCGAUGCCCAGCCAGCGCUCGUGCCCUCAAGUGCGCACGGGCUGGCGGUGCGGGAGACCUGGAGAAACAGGCAGAGAGGAAAUUUUUCUUUUUUUGCAAGUUGGUAAAAACGGACUCUCCCGGGGAGUUUGUCAUCCUUUCAAGUAUCCGGAGUUGCUCUGGGGAGCCUGGUUUUCCCGUUUCAGAGGACGCUGGGUUUAAUGAGACUGGUUAAAGUUGAGCUUGUGUUUCAAGUAAGUGCUCUUCCCUGGUGAAAACUACUUUUUUGGUUUGUUUUCAAGGUAAGAAAGGGAAGGAGAAACGUUACUCUUUUAAUUUGAUCAUUACAUUCAGUCUAUGAUGUUUAAUUAUUAGCAAUGCCACUAAUACAUUUUAAGUUGUCAGAAAUUAAUUGUAAACAUCAGCUCAGUACUUAGUUUAUGGCAAAGACAGCUGUCAAGAUAAAUGGCUCAUAUUUUGGUGCAGUGUUUGAUGUUCAAAACAAAAUGUUACAACAAUAAACAAACGUAAACUGGA